CUUUUUAAAAACAUUUCUUGUCCUUGCUUUCCUCCUUUUUCCUGCAGUCUCUAGAUCCGAAGGGCUAGCGGAGCAAGGCGCUGCCUUCCUAGCCAGCCCUGGUUGGCUCGCCAUCCGCCUGGCUUGUAAAAGUUUGCUGAGCGCAACCCAGAGGGCUGCGCUGCUCGUCCUCUCGGCUGGCGGAAGGGGGUGACGGCGAGGAGCGCGUCGCCGGCUCUGGCGGGCUUUCGGCUAGAGGGGCAAGGUGACGAACGCACGGCCCGGGGUUCGCCGAGCUGGAUUUGCAUGUUGCACCAUGCCUGCCUGGAUCGGGGCCGUGAUUCUUCCCCUCUCGGGGCUGCUGCUGUCCCUCCCGGCCGGCGCGGAUGUGAAGGCUCGGAGCUGCGGCGAAGUCCGCCAGGCGUACGGUGCCAAGGGAUUCAGCCUGGCGGACAUCCCCUACCAGGAGAUCGCAGGGGAGCACUUACGAAUCUGUCCUCAGGAAUAUACGUGCUGCACCACAGAGAUGGAAGACAAGUUAAGCCAGCAAAGCAAGCUCGAGUUUGAAAACCUUGUGGAAGAGACAAGCCAUUUCGUGCGAACCACUUUUGUGUCAAGGCACAAGAAAUUUGAUGAAUUUUUCCGGGAGCUGUUGGAGAAUGCUGAAAAGUCCCUAAAUGACAUGUUUGUCCGGACCUAUGGGAUGCUGUACAUGCAGAAUUCGGAAGUGUUCCAGGAUCUCUUCACUGAGCUGAAGAGAUACUACACUGGAGGCAACGUGAACCUGGAGGAAAUGCUCAACGAUUUCUGGGCUCGGCUCCUGGAGCGGAUGUUUCAGCUGAUCAAUCCUCAGUAUCACUUCAGUGAGGACUACUUGGAAUGCGUGAGCAAAUACACAGACCAGCUGAAGCCCUUUGGAGAUGUGCCCCGGAAGCUGAAGAUUCAGGUCACCCGUGCCUUCAUUGCUGCCCGCACCUUCGUCCAGGGGCUCACCGUAGGCAGAGAGGUGGCAAACCGAGUUUCCAAGGUGAGCCCCACCCCCGGGUGUAUCCGUGCACUCAUGAAGAUGCUGUACUGCCCGUACUGUCGAGCACUGCCCACCGUGAGGCCCUGCAGCAACUACUGCCUCAAUGUCAUGAAGGGCUGCUUGGCCAAUCAGGCGGAUCUGGACACCGAGUGGAACCUGUUUAUAGAUGCAAUGCUCUUAGUGGCAGAGCGACUGGAAGGGCCAUUCAACAUUGAGUCGGUCAUGGACCCCAUAGAUGUCAAGAUUUCUGAAGCCAUUAUGAACAUGCAGGAAAACAGCAUGCAGGUGUCUGCAAAGGUCUUCCAGGGAUGUGGCCAGCCCAAACCUGCUCCAGGUCUCAGAUCUGCCCGCUCAGCUCCUGAGAAUUUUAACACACGUUUUAGGCCCUACAAUCCCGAGGAAAGACCCACAACUGCUGCAGGCACAAGCUUGGACCGGCUGAGGACUGUGUGGAGGACAAUGCAGCAUAGUGUCACAGACAUAAAAGAGAAAUUGAAGCUCUCUAAAAAGGUCUGGUCGGCACUGCCCUAUACCAUCUGCAAGGACGACAGUGUGACAGCGGGCACGUCCAACGAGGAGGAGUGCUGGAACGGGCACAGCAAAGCCAGAUACUUGCCUGAGAUCAUGAAUGACGGGCUGACCAACCAGAUCAACAACCCCGAGGUGGACGUGGACAUCACCCGGCCCGACACUUUCAUCAGACAGCAGAUCAUGGCUCUCCGCGUGAUGACCAACAAAUUGAAGAACGCAUACAACGGCAAUGACGUCAACUUCCAGGACACGAGUGAUGAAUCCAGCGGCUCAGGAAGUGGCAGUGGAUGCAUGGAUGACGUGUGUCCAACGGAAUUCGAGUUUGUCACCACCGAGGCCCCUGCAGCCGACCCUGAUAGGAGAGAAGAAGACUCUUCUGCAUCUCAGCUCGGCCACUCGCUGCUCUCCUGGUCUCUGGUCUGUGUGGUCUUGGCACUGCAGAGACUGUGCAGAUAAUCCUGGGCUUUGGUCAGAGGAAACUGCCUUUUAGCUGUUUGAGUGGCCAACUCCCUUCUUUUCUUACACUCUUGGACAAUGGACCACGCCACAAAAACUUACCGUUUUCUAUGAGAAGAGAGCAGUACUGCGAUCUGCCUCCCUUUUUGUUUUCCCAAAGAGUACCGGGUGCCAGAUGAAUGGCUUCCUCUUUCCUUCAGCUAUCUGUGGGGACCUUGUUUAUUCCAGAGAGAAUUCUUACACAAAUCUUUCGUACUAGGAGAUUUUCUUACCUUCAUUUGCUUUUAUGCUGCAGAAGUAAAGGAAUCUCACAUUGUCAGGUUUUUACCCCCUAUAAAAAAAAAAGUUAGGAAGAAAAUAAUUUUCCUUUUAAAAUCAGGCCAAAUCCCAAGACAACUGAAUUUUCAACAAAGCAGCAAGGAGAGAAAAAUAAAAGAACUCUAGUGCUAUAGGUUCUACAUUGACAGCCAACUCCCAGGGUAAGCUUUUCUGUGACAAAUCAGGUUUAUAAAAUGCUUCUGGGAAGAAAGCUUGAAAAAUUUUUUAAAUGUAGUGAAAAUACACUGUUGUCUUGGAAGUAUCGUCUUGUACUCUAACCACCCAAUGCCAAAUUGAUUUGGAGGUACUGAUCCUAAAUUUAGAAUUCCAUCUUUAAUAUGAGAGUGAAACUAACUAUAACUCAGCACCUCUUUCUCACCCUGCCCAAUUUCAACUUCAGUAAUGACUCCACUUUCCUUAAGCCCCUAAUAUGUGUCCAUUGUAUCCAAUUGGCACAGAUUUUUCCUUCUCCUUCAGUUACUAAUGUUCACCCCCAUCAAUUCAUCCUCCUCCUAGGUCUUGAUUGAAAAUCGUCUUCAAUGAUACCAUCUCUGCUUUUGCCACAGGUUUGACAUGAAUCAGAUGUUUCUGCCCCUGUGUUCAUUACCCUCCCCAAAAUAGGAGUUCUUUUCACUAAAAUGAUAAACAAUUAGAUUCAUAGGUGAAUUUUCAUUUUUAACUAUUUGCUUUGUGUCAAUUGGUUUCUCCAUCACAAGGGCAUUCUCUUACAAAAUAACCCACAACAACAAAAAAGGUCAAGACAAAAAAAAACUAUAUAUAGUAUUGACA